AUGAGUGCCGAAAGUGUAAUUUUGAUUGGCCCAGAGGGGUCUGGCAAGUCCACAAUCGGUCGAAUUAUCGGUGCGAAUCUUGCAAAGGAGCUGUAUAGCAUUGACCGCCACCGCGAUGAGCUCUACGCACCAUAUGGCUACGAUAAAGCCUUUGCGGAAAAGAUAUACGAAGAACAGGGCCUCUGGCCAUUUUAUCAACAUUGGAAAAUUUUUGAAUACCAGGCUGUUUCACACAUCUUGCAAAAUGCUAGUAAAGAGAGCGAUGAGUUUUAUGGAAAGAUUAUCGAUUUUGGAGCUGGACAUUCGGUAUAUGAAAAUCCAGAGGAGUUGGAAAAGAUUGAGGGUUUGAUGAGACCCUACCAGAACGUUAUUUUGGUGAUGCCUUGUGAAGAUGUGGAGGAAGCUAUAAAGAUUACAGAGGCUCGAAGGAAUCACAAACUGGCUCUCAACAAACACUUUCUGGAACAUCCAAGCAAUAAGAGACUUGCGAAAUACACUAUCUAUACCAAAGAUAAGACGGCAGAGGAAUGUGCUGAGAGCGUGUUGCAAAUUAUAAGAGAGAAUGCCCAGCAAACAUCAAGGUUGAAUUAGAAAGGUCUACAUGUACGUGGAUCUAAUACAUAGGAAGCGACUAUAGAAAC